ACCCACAGACAGAGAGAUAAGAGAGAUUUGGCAACCGAGAAAAUUGUGGUAAUUACUAAUUAAUUGAAGAACUGUUCUACCAAAAUCCUUAUCCAAGGGCGGGAAUAAGGGCAGCUCAGUUUUUAAACACAUAAACAGAUAUUAGAAAAGCUGAAAAAGUAGUCACUUCAGGUCCUUCUCUUGAAUUUCACAUCCACAAGCACAUGCUCCUCUUUCUUAUCUGGAAAAGAAGAAAAAAAAUAGGGUUACUUUCUUGUUAUUAAAUAUUACCAUCAUGUUUCUGCAAUCUCAAUUAUCAACUCUUAACUGAACCCAUCUUUUGGUUUCGUUCAUUGCUGGCUGGCUCCUGUCUAAUCUCCAGGUUAUUUUUGUCUUCAAGUCAAAGAUGAACAAUUUGUGAGGUGCUUGCUGGUGUUGGACUAUUGGGACUUGCAAUGGAAAAGAGGAAAUGGUUGUGGAAGAGGAAGUCUUCUGACAAAAGCCCCGGUGAAAGUGAGAGUUCCGGUUCUGUAUCUUCGCCUUCGGAGAGAUACUCCGACGAUCCGGAGGUAUUCAAGUCAUCUCCUAAUCACAAUACUCAAUCACCCGAAGUCACAUCCAAGUCUAUGGCAAGUGUUGAAGAAAUUAGUGAUGCUUCAUCAAAGAAAGAGGCUCAUGAUAGUGUAAAACGCCUAACAGAGAAGUUAUCAGCUGCUUUAGUUAAUGUUAGUGCCAAAGAAGAUUUGGUAAAGCAGCAUGCAAAAGUUGCAGAAGAAGCUGUUGCAGGUUGGGAGAAGGCUGAAGACGAGGUGAUUGUUCUAAAGCAACAACUCGAGUCUGCAAUUCAGCAAAACUCAGUCCUUGAAGAUCGGGUGAGCCAUCUUGAUGGGGCCCUUAAAGAACUAGUUCGGCAGCUAAGACAAGCAAGGGAUGAGCAGGGGCAAAAGAUCCAUGAAGCUGUGAUGACGAAAACUCGUGAGUGGGAAACAACCAAACUCCAACUUGAGAGCCAGCUUCUCGAGCUCCAGAGCAACACUGACGCGGGUAAACCUGGAUCUUGCGCUAUUGUUGAUCCUGAUCUUUACCACAAACUUGAGUAUUUGGAGAAAGAGAACUCUGCUCUCAAACUUGAGCUCCAAUCGCAGUCUGAGGAGUUGGAAAUCAGGACAAUCGAGAGAGACUUGAGUACCCAAGCAGCUGAGACGGCCAGCAAGCAACAUUUAGAGAGCAUAAAGAAGGUGGCCAAGCUUGAGGCUGAGUGUCGGAGGCUCAGAUCAAUGCCUUGCAAAUCCUCCUCAGUUAAUGAUCAUAAAUCCAACACUGCCUCCUCAAUUUAUGUUGAAUCUCUCAUUGAUAGUCAGUCAGAGAAUGGCGAGAGGCUCAGCUUGGGAGAAAUUGAUACCCGCAAGAUGUGUAGCUCAGAUCCAAGUAAGUGUGAGCAUAGUUGCUCAGACUCAUGGGCAUCUGCCCUAAUUGCCGAGCUUGAUCAGUUCAAAAAUGAAAAGACUGCUAAAAGAAAUAUCCAAGCCUCUUCUGUUCAAAUGGAUCUUAUGGAUGAUUUUCUUGAGAUGGAGCGACUUGCUGCACUGCCUGAAACCAAGAACGGAAGCCAUGGCCUCACACCAGUGGUUUCCCAUCAAUCCAUUGAUGAAGACAGCUCCCUGAGAACUGAACUUGAAGCCAUGACUGGUCGGAUAGCUGAAUUAGAAGAGAAGCUAGGGAAGGCGGAAGCACAGAAAGCUGAAUUGGAGACUACUCUAAUCACAAGUCAAGAAGCUAUUGAGGCAUCCCAACUUCAGCUGAGGGAAGCAGAGGCACAUAAAGCUGAACUAGAGACUACUCUAAUCACAAGUCAAGAAGCUAUUGAGGCAUCCCAACUUCAGCUGAGGGAAGCAGAGGCACAGAAAGCUGAACUGGAGACUGCUCUAAUCACAAGUCAAGAAGCUAUCGAGGCAUCCCAACUUCAGCUGAGGGAAGCAGAGCUGAAAUUGGAGGAGUUGCAAAUGGAGCUAAAUAUUGCAAAAGAAACCAAGCAAGCCGUCGAGACUAGACUCAUUGACAUGGAAGCAGAAGCAAGGACCAUGCAUGCAAAAGUUGACUCUAUAGAAGUAGAGGUUCAGAAAGAGAGGGCUUUGUCCAAAGAAAUUGCAGUCCAGUGUCGGGAAUUAGAGGAAGAGCUAUCAAUGAAGAGGCAGGAAAUUGAACUUCAGAAAACUGCAAGCUCAAAUAGUGAAUUGAAGAUAAAGCAGGAGGAUCUAGCUGUAGCUGCUGGAAAACUUGCAGAGUGCCAGAAAACAAUAGCAUCUCUUGGGAAUCAACUGAAAUCUCUAGCAACACUGGAGGACUUCCUGAUUGACACUGCCAACAUACCAGAGCUUUCUGCAGGUGCAUCAGUGAUUCCUAAAGCUGAUGAAGAAUUGUGGAAGUUGCAUUGUAAUGAAACAUUUUCGCCUAAAAGAGACUCUGAUUCUUCACGAGUUGCUGAUGAGAUUUCUGGUUCUUCAAUAAACAAAAUCGAAGGGAACUCGCCACCGUCUUCAUCUUCAGAAACUUCAGCUGCUGCAUUGUCAAAUCAUGUCAGCUAUGAGAAGAACCGAAAUGGUUUUGCGAAGUUUUUCUCUCGUACUAAGAGUGGGAUACGACUAGAAAUUUAGUGAGGAUGUACAAAACAAGGAUUAAUUGGUUUCUCAGUUGUAGGGAGGGAGAACUUAGGAUUAUUUUCUAUUUCAAAGCUGCUGAUUACAUGUUGUUUUAACUGGCAGCAAAAGAGUUUCUUUUAUAUUAUUUUUCACAUGAAAGAACUGGGUCAAUGCAAUAUGAAAUUUGAAGCAAA